AUGAAUGAAAUGGGUAACUUUGAGAAUGUAGUUGCCAUGUCUGAUGUAGUAUACAAAAUCAUCACCACAUUGUAUGAUGAUGAGAUCAUCCCUACUAUUCAUGAAGUUAGAAGAAGGUUAGGUAAAUUGAAAUACGGGACAAUAUCUGGCAAAUUUUUAAUUAAAAUAUGUAAAUCCAACAUACACAAUCGAUUUAAUAUUGUUAAAAGUCAAGUAUUCAAUCCCAAUGCGGCUGAUGUGCAAAAUAAUCUUCAGCUUAAUUUAGUAAUUCUGCUCAAAUCUAAGCCAAUAUACCCCUGGUUCUACCCAACAACCAUUACACCAUUUGAAAUAAAAUUGAUUUUUGAUUACAUCAUUAAUUCAUUUUCUGAUACAAACAAAUUUGGUAAUGGAGGUAGAUACCUUUUUGCCGAAGGUAUUAAGAAAAAUGGGCCAGAAGAGCUUAGAAAUUUGUCACUAGGUAAGCUAAUCAAAAUUGUGCAAGCGGCAAUUGAUUUAAAAAUUCUUACAUAUGAGGAAAAUAAACUAAUCCCAGUCUACAUGUGUAAGACAACGAGCAUUGGCUUUUUGAAUCGCCAAUCACAAUCAUUGGACAAUUUGGAUACAAAUUUUACGAGUAUAUAUACUAUAAAACAAAGGAUACUGAAUCUGUUGGACAAUUAUAACAUUAUUCAAGAUUAUUCAGAAGUUUGCAAGGACGAAAACAAUAAAACAAUGAUUGGUAUUCCACUUUGCAGAUUACCAAUUGAAUAUAAACUGACAUAUGGCGAAAGAUUGGACUAUUCAACGCUAGGAUAUAGCAAACUUGCUGAUUUUAUAAAAGAACAGAUCAAGGAGUGUAAAUUUGUUUCACUGGUUUACAACCAAUGUAUUGUCACAAAGAAAAUAACAGAAGAUUCUAUUGAACCGAAAGGGUGUGUUAUAAAUUAA